CUCUGUCUUUCCUCCCGGGACAGGACAGGGCGGACGGAGCUGUGGGCUGUCUGGGUGAGCUCGGGUGAGCGCGGGUGACGUCACCCAGACUGUGCACCGGUGAAGUAUAGCCCACCAACCAGUCCAUGUAAAGGAUGAUAGGAGAAAAGCUGUUGUUGCCCAUGAUACUGAUGUCUGUGCUGAGUUUACUGACACUACAGACAUCGUAUGGACAGCAGUUGGCAGAGGAGUCCUGCACUUUUCAGAUCCUUGUCCCUGGACUCAAAGGAGAACCAGGAGAGAAAGGACAAAAAGGAGCACCGGGGAGACCGGGAAGACUUGGUCCAUCUGGAGGGAUUGGUCAAAUUGGGCUUAAAGGUCAGAAAGGCAUAAUGGGACAUUAUGGAAAAGUGGGCCCGAGUGGAAUGAAAGGGGUAAAGGGAGACAUGGGGGAUCCAGGUCCAACGGGCCCUAAUGGAGAUCCAGGUGUUCCAUGUGAGUGCACACCAAUGAGAAAGAUGAUUGGAGAAAUGGACAUUCUUGUGGCACAGCUCUCCUCUGAACUGAAAUUCAUUAAAAAUGCUGUUGCCGGCAUAAAAGAGACAGACAGUAAGGUCUAUCUGUUGGUGAAGGAGGAGAAGCGCUACUCCGACGCUGAGGUCUACUGUCAGACAAGGGGAGGGCACCUGGCUAUGCCCAAGGAUGAGGGAGCCAACACGGCUAUCGCAGAGUACAUAACAGAAGCCGGCCUCACCAGAGUCUACAUCGGCAUUAAUGACCUGCAUCGUGAGGGUGUCUUCACCUACGUGGAUCUCUCUGCCAUGACUACGUUCAGCAAAUGGAGAAAGGGAGAGCCCAACAACGCUUACGAUGAUGAGGACUGUGCUGAGAUGGUGGCCUCUGGGGAGUGGACUGAUGUGGCGUGCCUCCCUACCAUGUUUUUCGUUUGUGAAUUUGACAAGGACAGUCUCUGAGUUCAGUUGACGUUAAAGAGACCACUAUAAAU